CACAGUAACAGUUCCUUUAAAUUUCAGACCUGAGCUGAUCAGCUUCACUUUUAGACGACACCAGCUGAACAUCAUGUUUUGCUGUUGCAUAUUUUUGUCUGUUUCUUUGUUGCAUUCUCUGUGUCACUUCCAUGUGUCAGGCUACGAUCCGAGCUGCACAGAGUUUCCUGUGUUCACUCCAUCUGCACUGGUAGUGAAGUACGGUGACCCAGCCAAUGCUACAUGUGUUGUAUGUCAGAAGGACUGCAGUGAAAAUGCUUCAGGUUUGGAGCACGCUAUGGGAAAAGUUACACAAAAUGGAACCACGAUGUUCUGGACGGUUGACAGACUGACUGAAUGGGACAUAUUUGUCAUGUGCUAUUAUAACACUGAUGCUGGUGAUCAGUGUAGUAGCAGUCUGGAUCUAACUCUUUAUCAGCCUCCAGAAAGUGUCUCCAUCAGCUUUGUAAACCACACUGGGAUGAUGUUUGAGAAUCAGCAGUACACCCUGCAGUGUAGCGUACAGAACGUAGCUCCUGUUCAAAACCUCACUGUGACCUUCUACAGAAGAAACACAGCACUGGGUCACCUACAGUCCAACAGUGAAGAGAAGAAACCAGUGAAUGAGACCUUUACUCUGAACAUCACUCCCAGUAGAGAAGAUGAUGGAGCCCAGUACUGGUGUGAAGCCAAGCUGGAGCUGGGACCAGCUGGACCACAGCGCCCUCCGGUGGUGACAUCAGAAAAACUCCCUGCUAUAGUUCACUAUGGGCCUGAGCUAAAGGAGCCACCAAAUCCAGAUGUGAUCACAAUCACAGAAGGAGACACUCUACACCUGAACUGCUCCUCUGUGGGAAACCCCAGCCCCUCAUACACCUGGACACUUCCAACAAAUAGUCCUUCCUACAGUGGCAGCGUUCUCACUAUUAAAUCUGUCGGCUUUGAGCAUGAAGGACAGUAUAUCUGCACUGUGAGCAACACAGUAGGGACUGUCACCAAGGAGUUUAACAUUGAUGUACAAGUCAGCUCCAUCCCAUACACAUACAUAAUAUGUGGAACCUUACUGGGAGCUCUGGUCCUUGUCGGUCUGUCACUGGGAUCCUACUGUAAACGCAACCAAAGGGGAAACUACAAACUCAGUAAAAUUAUUGUUACUGACAGCUGAAGAAAUGACUGAAUGGUUAACACCUGCUUUUGAUACUGAUUCUGAUGAGCAGCUUGUAACUGUCUAUCCUCUAUGAACAAACUUCCUGUUUAGCACAAAUGCAAGGCAAGCUUUCUGUUAGGUGUUGGGUUUUAGUGAUGUGGUGUUUUUGUUUGUAUGUGUUUUUGGUGCCUCCCUUUUUGUAUAGGUAGGCGGGGCAGUGAGUCACUGAACCUGGCGCACCUGUUACUCAUCAGAUGCUCUCUUCAGAAGUGUUUUUAGGAGCUACCUGACAGAAGAUUAGUGUCGGAGUAUUGGCGUUUUUGGAGUGUGGAAAUUCUGCCCCUGCCUGUUGGAGCCCUCGGAUUACUUUGGUGUCUGUAAGGAGUUUUUGUUUCCUCCCUAGGAUUUUGGCCUCGACUGUUUUGCCUAGCCUGGAGGUUUUGGGCUCCAAACUGUGCCAAAUCGAGUGCACUGCUUAUGUGUAUUUUCGUCACUAGCACGUCCUGGCUCCGCGUCCUCAUUCAUACACGUUGUACAUAUGUUGUCCUUGUAAAUAUCUCCUCCCCUCACUGUAAAUAAACUGCCUUCACUGCAACUCUGCCUCCGUGCGU